AUGGCAGUGCUAACGAAUCAAAAAUUUGCCAUUGAUUUAUUGAUCUCGAUCUUGAUCACCUUUGUUCUCAGUACAAGUAUCUUAUCUAUUUCAACUAAUCACUGGAACGUUAAAUACGAAAACUCGACCACAAAUCGAACUGGUCUCUUCCAACAAUGUUCAAACGUAUUGUGUUGCAGUAGAAAAGAACUAGACCGUCCAAUCACAUUGCUAGUUCUAUGCACUAUUAUCCUUUUAGCAAUGAGUGCUCUAUCAUCAUUUAUUUUAAUGGCGACAACCAUGGAGUACACAACUCGAUGUUACAUUCUUGUACCAACGACGUUGUUUGGCGCUGGGAUAACAAUGACAUUGGCAUUGAUUCAAAUAUUAGAUCGAUUAGAUUUAAAUGGCUAUUCUGGAUAUAUAUUUAUCAUAGACACACUGCUAACAUAUAUUUUUGGAGGAAUAUCCCUUUUGCAUGCGAAUAUGCACUAUUUCUAA